AUGGAAAACGACUAUACUCUGCGACAGGUGGCGGAAAACGCCUCCAAGGCCUGUUACAUCUGCUACCGGCCUUCGGCUCACGUUCUGAUCGACAAAUCGAACACGGACUUCUUCUACAUUUGCAAGUCGCAUCUUACGGACAAGGGCUUUGCCACGAGGGUCGAUCCUCCUGUGGACACCGCUGCUAUAGAGGCCGAGCUCAAGAAGAAGCAGCUCGAGGCCGAGAAGGAAAAGGUCAAGAAGGAAUGGGAGGACGCGCAGAAGAAAAAGAGCGACAAGAACGAAGAGGAAAAAGACAAGGAGGACGCGGAGAAGGUCAAGGAGAUGAUUCUCAAGGACAAGAAGCUGCCUGAACCGGAACCCGUGCCCGAAUCGAGAAAGUACACCCUGCAUCCGACCAUUUACACGCAGCGGGUGCGCCAGAAGAAGGAGUUGGCCGCAGCAAAAAAGCGAGCUGAGCACAUCAAGACCAUGCAAUUUCCAGGUGUUCCAAAGGGGUUGCCUGGGGAGAAAAAGGAAGAGCAGGAUGAAAAAAAGGAUGACGGAGGAGAAGGGGAGGGUAAGGAGGUGUAA